GUUGUUUCUCGGCUGCUCACCUGAAAGUUCCCUCGGCUUCUCUCGUCGUCUCUCGUCAUGACUAAACUGGUGGAGUGGCUCCUCGGUGUGACGCUGGUGGUCGCUGCUUGGGCUCUGGUCACUUGGGACCUACUGGACCUGCGGCUGCCGCAGACUUACAGAGACGUUGCCUGGCCCAUGCCGCUGUAUCUGCUGGUGACAUUUGGCUGCUACUCACUGGCCACCGUGGGAUACAGGGUGGCCACGUUUAAUGACUGUGAUGAGGCAGCGCUGGAGCUGCAGGAGCAGAUUAAAGAAGCCAAAGAGGACCUAAGGAAAAAGGGUUUAAAGAUAUAAAACCCAGGGAAAGGCCCAUGUAGAAACUGUAGAGGGAAUUUCAAUGGAUCCAACACAUUUGCACCACAUGCACACUUUGUGUGAAAUGACGAGGACGAACAUUAACGCUGUCUUUACUGAUUCCUGCAGUCUUGAUGUUUCUGUGUUACUCACUGCAAUAUCCACACAGGUUUGCUUUAGGGUAUUAAACAUAAUAGUCUCUAUACACAUAUCUGUUACUGUUGCUCUUAAAUGACAAAAAUAAUUGUUUGUGUUUGUCUACCUAUUUUAAGUAGUCAAUUUAAAGUAAAUUAAUUAUGUGCAGUUCGGUAUUUAGUAUGUGGUUUUAAUGAUUAGCACAUUAAGCCAGAAAAAAGCUGAAUAAAACCCACAGACAUUUGAAUAACCCAAAGUGCGUGCCUCCAUGGUAACUUAUCAUCUGCGAGCAGUUGUGCAUCACUGAAUAAAUUGAACCCAAAGGUCACAUUGAAUAAUCUGACUAAAUAUUCUACUGGGGAUUGUCCAGUUCUUUCAGUCAGCGUCAGCGUCAGCUGCAGAAGAACACAGUAGCACACAGUGUCGACCUAGUGUAUGUGUGUGGAUAUUGUUGCUUUUCAGUAGACAUGGAGUAGAUUUUAUCUGUUGUACAUUCCAUUGUCCAGUUUCUGACUUGUUCCCUGCAGCUAUUGCUGGGAUGUAUAAUUAAAAGAAUCUAUUUUCUUCA